UCAUCAGAAUCCGCGGACUCGCUGAAUCGGGGUGGCUGUGAAGGUCUACUCCGUGCUGCUCGGUUGCUAGCUCGACCACGUUUCACAGACGCACAUCUGGGGUCCCAGUCCGCAUCAUCAUCCUUGCUGUUCGAACUGAUGACCGGUCGUGAUUCCGCAGUCGCGCUGAUUGCCGCCCAAAUUUUGGUCGCACUUGCACUGACUCUGGAACCGACAUUAGGUCCGGAAAUUCUGUUUGAACUAUGUUCCUGUGUUCCCGCGAAUUCCAAAUCCACAUGUGUGGAAGACAAUCAAUCGGGUGAGGUAAAAGUCCCUUGUUCACCCCAAACAACUCCAUUACUUCUAUUCUUCCCCGUGCUGGAUGAACUGGAAACCGGAUGGACCGCGCGUCGUUUGUCCAUAUCAGACUCACCACCUACGGAGUCCCCUUGGGUGGCCAGUGAACUUUUGCCCAAUAUCUUCGAUGAUCCCAUUGCCUACCAACCGUCUACCACGAUGGGUUGUUAUCUUGUUCAGGAGAUGCUCACUUUCCAAUUCUUUCCGCGUUUGUGGGAUGUGGUCAGUCGGGAUUCACAAAAGUCCCGUACAGCGCCUCUCCUUCGAGCGGUUGUAUGGCUCCUCUGUCGCGAACAGAUAUUGGUCCGAACCCGGCUCGCCAGGCCGCGUCUCCAGUUGGCUCUGAGAAUGCAAUUGAAACCGUUACUGACGUUGCUCGAUUCACAAACGGAAUUUUCCGAGCGCAUCGAACUUCUAUUGACAUUGCUCGAGCACGCCUUGAGCAUCCACGAGCGCGUACCGCUACAACCGGAGGCCAAUCGAGCCGGUCCCGGUGGACGAUUCACCGCGGCACGCAAACCGACUCGUCCAAAUACCUCUCGUUAUCUGUCCCCACGUCUGGCCUAUCAGUUGGGUCAUUGUUUGAUUCGAUUGGCCGCCAGAUUUUUGUCUAGGCUGCGUCAAAGCACUGACUCUAACGAGCGGACUAAUAUGCUACGUGUACUGGGUCGCAUUGAGAACUUAUUGCAGCCGUAUGGCGAUUGUUACACAAUCAAUCCUAUCAAUGGUGGCAGUAGUGCGUUGCUCCGGUCCACGGCUCUGCGUCAGUUGUCCACGACCGAAUCACUACAGCUGGUCGAUCCCGCCUAUGAAUGUGAGGCUGAUUUAGCCCGUUCGGAUAGACUUAGUCGGUUACGGGAUUUGGACGAACAACUAGUUGACACACAGUGCAUCCCUGCCCUCACCGAUCGUUCACUCCCAUCCCAGUCAUCAUCAUCGUCCCUGUUGCUUCUCAAUCCCCCGUCCGCAUCGGACGGAACAAAUGAAGAUGGUCUUACUAAAGGCUAUCUCCGUGCUCCGACUCUGUCACGUCUGGAUCGUCGAGGAUCAGUGAGUCCGUACCGGCGUCCACCGGGAGCAGCAUUCAACGCGUUUGGAGUUCCCGACACCAUUGGCAAUCCCGAUUGGCGCUGUAAAUCGGAAAAGACCACUCCCGCUGAACCAGGUAUGCUGUAUGCCCAUUCCCCGCCGUUCCGAUUCGAUGCAGUUCGCUCUCCGAACUGGCUUCAUUGGCUUCGUCUGGCUAUGCAACUGUGCGCGGGCAGUCCCGUUCGGCACACCGAUUCGCACGUGACCGUUCACGUCAAGGCACUCGCGACCGCCCAACAACAGUCCCUACUACCGCACGGUCUUCAUCUGCCUCAGACAUCGGUGUGGCAAUUACCCGAGCAAAUCCCUCUGGUCGUCUCACCGACCGGAAUCGGUUUGGAACGGGUGAUUCGUCUGAUGCAUCAGUUCUGUCCCCAGGUGAAAAAGGAUGCCGGCCGGGGUCCUGCCCGGCCGUCCACCGGUACUCGUGCUUGCGAAUCCAUGUGGUUAAGUCAAAGUCUGUUCGGCACACCUCUGGCACUGUUGGUUGCCGAGUGCAGCGGAUCCUAUGCGGAACAAUCCGACCCCGGUGGAGAGAAUGGAGAUGCACAGGGCCAUUUGAAAUUCGGCGGCACUGGUACAACACGUUUGCCUCGACACUUAGAUAGCAUUGAUGUGUUUCCAACUGUUCUUCCCGGUUUCUUUCACUUUUCUAUACCCAAAACACUGCAUUUCAUUUUCCCAAUCAAGCUUGCAGUGGACUAUUGUCAACGUCGAGUCGACUAUCAGACCGAUCUAUUUCGAUUCACUCGUCACCUGUUGAUGGCUCUAUUCGUGAUUUGUCACAAACAGGACUGUGCGACUGUAGCCGCAGAACAGCACCGUUCCACAGACACGGAAUCAGCGUAUUCUGUCAAGUAUCCGCCACAUUUGCCACUAGAUCGGUUAUUGUACUGCCUGAAUCCGCGAGAGAUGAGCAUCCUGCUGUCCGACGUGCGACGUAAUUUACGUCUGCGCCUGGCUUUUGAUUGGCUACGACACAAUCAGAAAUGGGAAACUUGUCGUCCUCGUCACGAUCGCCCCAGUACCACGCACCCAUUCUCCGUAAUUAUUUCCCGCACUUUGGACGCACUCGGUGGUGGCCCGAUUCCACCGGCCCCGGCGUUUAUCACACCCGGCCUGCUCUUGGCUUUGCUACAGUCUCAUCUAGCCGAACCCGGUGUUGCCCGGCUGGUUGGACCACUUUUGUCUGCAGCACGGCUUCUCCAACCGCCUGCGGAUCCCGGGCCGAUUGCCUCGGAAACCGGGAACGCGGAUUCGGAUGUGGAAGAGAUUGAUGUGAACGGGGAACUGGUGGUGGUGUUGAACGAAUGA